AUGGCUUCGAAAACUCUUCAGGAAAUCUUCUCGUAUCUGCUCAAAAAUGAGGAAGAAUACAUCAAGCACCUGGCAGAUACUGUUGCAAUUAAAAGUGUUUCAGCUUGGCCAGAAACCAGAGGAGACAUUGUCAAGAUGGUCAACCAUGUUGCUGAGGAGUUAAAGAGGAUGGGUGCAAGUGUUGAGCUAUGUGACAUUGGUGAGCAGACUCUCCCAGAUGGUCAAAAAAUUCCUUURCCUCCUAUUCUUUUAGGGAAUCUAGGAAAUGACCCUUCCAAGAAAACGGUCUGUAUCUAUGGGCAUUUAGAUGUCCAGCCUGCUUUAAAGGAAGAUGGAUGGGACACAGAUCCUUUUGUCUUGAAAGAAAUUGAUGGGAAGCUGUUUGGAAGAGGAUCAACUGAUGACAAANNNNCAGUGUUGUGUUGGUUACAUGUGAUUGAGGCAUACCAGAAGACUGGACAUGAGUUGCCAAUCAAUAUCAAGUUUUGUUUUGAAGGCAUGGAAGAAUCUGGCAGUGAGGGAUUAGAUGAUUUGAUUAUGUCCAAAAAAGACACUUUCUUUAAGGGUGUUGAUUAUGUGUGCAUAUCUGAUAAUUAUUGGCUWGGAAAAGUCAAUGGUAAGAUACUGGUUCCUGGUAUAUAUGAUUCAGUUGCUAAGGUGACACCAGAUGAGAGGGAUUCUUAUGAURACAUUGACUUUGAUUUGGAAGAUUACAGGAAUGACAUUGGUCACAAUAAGCUGUUACAUGAUAACAAGACUGAUCUACUUAUGCACAGAUGGCGUUACCCUUCUCUAUCCAUACAUGGAAUUGAAGGAGCAUUCUAUGAACCAGGAUCCAAGACUGUCAUUCCUCGCAAGGUGAUUGGUAAAUUUUCAAUUCGUCUUGUUCCCAACCAACAACCUGCAGAGAUUGAAAAGCUCGUGACUGAUUACUUGAACAAGAAACACGCUGAAAGCAAAAGUCCCAAUGAYUUCAAGCUUACUAUGGGACAUGGUGGUUUACCGUGGAUGAGUGAUUUUAACCAUCCUCAUUACAUUGCUGGAAGAAAUGCCACAAAAGCAGUGUAUGGAGUGGAGCCUGAUCUCACUCGUGAAGGAGGCAGUAUACCCGUGACGUUGACCCUUCAAGAAGCUACUGGCAAGAACGUAAUGCUACUGCCUGUCGGMUCUUGUGACGAUGGAGCUCACUCUCAGAACGAGAAGAUCAACCGUUCAAAUUACAUCAAUGGGCAUAAACUACUGGCUGCGUACUUUGAAGAAGUUGGAAAGCUCUAAAGAUCACAGCACAAGACGUUAUGAACUUUUAAAAAUAUACUUUGAUGAUAGACUAGUGAAUUCAAAUAAUAAUUAUAUUUUUGACGAGGUACAAAUAAAGCAAUUGAUUGUGAUAAUUGA